GCGCGUCUGUGGCCGUGGCCCGUGGCGCUCUCCGCCAGUCGCGAUUCGACAACGAUGCGGGACGGAUGUGGCCGCUAGGAUUGUUGUUUGCGGGAGAGUUGGUGUCCUGAAACUGAGUGUGAGUUGUAGUGGGUUUCGAUUGCAUCUGACUGGAGCUUAUGAGACGCAGUACACAAGAGGAAGGAGGGAAAGAACUUGUUCACGCCGGUUGCAGAAAAUGCUGGCUAUUAAAUAAUUACGGUUAAUCUGUUUACAGAUAUGGAGACGAAACUGGCCAUGAUGUAUAUACUGGUGGCCGCCCUGCUGCCCGCUUUAAUCCGAACAGCUCAGAUACCACAACUCACCACGAGUGCGCCCGAGGCGGCACAGCAAGUGCGUAUAGACUGUAACAGUAACGAGAUCUGGGUUGCCGUGAAGAUGCGGUCCGGAGCCUUCAACGGGAUGAUCUACCCCAAAGGUCUCAGCAAAAACUCCAGCUGCAUGUCCGAGUUCAUACACCAACGUAGUCCCGUACGCUAUCGCCUGCCUCUGAGAUCCUGCAACACCAUGAGCACCGACCUUUCUGAUGGGGGCAUUGAAUACUUCAACACAAUUGUGGUACAGCCCCACCUUAAACUGGUGACAAACCAGGGCCGUGGUUUCCACAUCCGCUGUCGUUACACCACUAAAGACAAGACCAUCACUAACAACGUUAAUGUCAGUAUGAUGGAUGCAACACCACUGACAGCAACAGCGCCCAUGCCUGGUUGCACCAUGAAGAUCUUCUAUGGAGAUCCAUCAUUGCAUGAGGUAGCAGAGAAUGUGAAAAUUGGUGACCCCUUGACACUUGUCAUCUCCAUCGACCAGCAAGAUGUGUAUGGGCUACGGAUAUCAGACUGUCUUGUGAGGGAUGGUCUUGGCUGGGGUGAACAAAGGCUCAUUGAUGAUGAGGGGUGUCCAAUAGAUGGAGAGAUCAUGGGCCAGUUCCAGUACAAUCCAAGCAAGACAACAGCAUUUGUCCAUUUCCAGGCACACAAGUUCCCAUAUACAGCAUCUGUAUACUACCAGUGCAAUGUACGGCUGUGCAUUAAAGCAGACCAUGGCUGUGAUGAUGUGCCCCCAUCUUGCGGGAAGAAUGCAGUGGGACGCCAGCGUCGUGACACUGAUGGAGACAAGGAUGGAGGCACCCCAGCCACUAUUGAGGUGUACAGUGGUCUAUAUGUCAAUGAAGCCACAGAUAUCAAGGGAGAUAUUAAUGAUGACAUUGCCAGAGAAAAGACGCCUGAGGAUCCAAACAGCAUUUGCAUCUCACAACGCAACUUUGCCAUUGGUAUCGCAAUUGCUGGCCUGGUACUCAUGCUGGCUGUAAUUGCAGCCAUCUUGAUUCUACUGGCACGCCGCCGACACAGAAAAGAUGCAUCCAACACUGGUAGCUCCAUCUACAGUGGUCCCUAUACCAACACUGCAUACAGUCACAGCAGCUAAGUUAGUUGCUGGUUGGUACCAUAUGGCAGAGAACUGAUAAAGCAAAAUGCAUCCAGGUGUUUGAAAGUCAAUCUCACUUUCACAUUCCUGCAGGCAACUUCGCCCUUGCACGCUUCUCCUUAUGCAGGAGGGUGGAUGCAAUGGCUUGCUACGACUGAUCUUAUGUUAUGGCAGCACCACUAGGGUGGUGGCUUAUGUCUUUCAAUACUGAAUCUUGCCCACAAAAAUGUGACACUCACAGAUCUGCAGGAGCUUGCAUUGAACUCUUGUUUUCUUCUCCAGUCAUUUGCAACAUAUUGUUGAAGUUAUUGUGCACAUGAUUUGGACAGCUUGCCAGGCUGUCCAGGCAUAACAAUACGAACUGUGCCAUACUGAUGAAGUGUCAUCAUGUAGUCUUCCACUGUCAUUGUUAUAUGUUGCUAACAUAUUUAAUGCAUGUAUAUUUUUAUACUUUUAAUUUAAUCAUUAACUGAUGACAUUUGACAACACAUCUGUUGGCAACUGUUAUCAAGGGAUUAGCAAAUGUUCACACAACUCAUGGGUCCUUCCUGUUUUCAAAUGAACAUGAACUACUCAAGUUUGACAUGAUGUCAGUCCCUGAAAAAUCAAAUUAACACAUAAAUUUGCCCCACCACACAGCAGCUUAAACAUUAUCUUUGGGCUCAAUCUGAGAAACCUGGAGAUACACAGACUUCUCAGGAUGAGGGGUUUUGAUUUAUUAACUUGUGUAUAGUUCCAUAUCAGAACUUUCCAGUAAACUUUAACAUGGGUUAACAUAUUACAAUUGCAUGAUUAUAUGUCAUAAAGACCUACAAUAAUAAAAUCUGCGGGCACUACAAUCCAUAAUGAACCUUGGCCUGUCUUACAGUUUCUUAAUCACAUACAGUUGGUAGCAAUUCUUGGGCAAAGAUCUGCCCUGUGCAAGGCUGCUACCUAUAAAGGACAAAACAUCCAUACCUCAAGUGAGAUUCAAACCCAUGACCCCAGUGUUUGAGUGGGCAAAGAAAGUUUAUGCCUUAGACCACACAGCCACUGUGGUCAGCCAUGAAGACCUAAAAUGAUUUGUUUAACUUCAUUCACCAGUGGACACUCAAAGGAAUGAAGUGUCAAUUGUUUUUGAUGUGUGUAGUCAAUAAAGUUGUCUGGUUAUAUGACAGCUAACAUACUCUAAACUGGAUUUCCCUAGUUCUUCUUCUAGCAUGAAUUGGAUUCUUCCAGUUGCUAAGCCAACCAUUCAGUUCCAGUAAUGAAUACCUCAGUACCGCUAGUAAGUAGGUAAUGGUUUGUUUUGUCUUAAUUCUUGCUGUGUGGAAAUGGGAGCAAGUUAAUGUAAUAUAGGGUUGGUGGUGGAUAUGUAUCAGUGCAGCCACUUCUCCUCUGUCCAUAGAGAGAACUUCUGUAAUCAUAUGUCAACAGAAUAUGCUUCCAGAGUGCCUGCUUGAAGUAGAAUUGUGUGCCUACUUUAGAUGCAGAAACUCACUGGAAUACACAGGCCACUUGUUCACUAUAUUUUAGGGGCUUUCACUCUAGCAGGUGUCUACAGUAACAAUUUUAACUCAAUUUUAACUUAAUUAAGCACCAUGCCAUGAAGAUGUAUGGGACAGUGGGGGUACAGUUGUGUGCAUGUUUAAUAUUGGCACUGGUGUUGCAUGGUGAGAUUUAAUUUCCCCCUGAAAAAAGUUUUUGGUACCCAUGGGACUGGAUGCUGGGUAGACCCAGAACUAGUCUGAUGUGAUGAUGAAAAGAGAAAUCUAGCCUACCCUUGGAAUUGUCUCUUCUUGAAUCAGAAUAAUUUUAAUUUGAAAGAGCACGUCUAGGAGCUGAUUACAUGUGUGGCCCCUCCUGCUUAUCACUAUUCUAUACAUAUUUAUCCAUUUGAGCGAAAGUUGAUUUCACAGUGAUAUGCUUCAAGCAAAGAAUAUGAAGGUUGUGAUGAUGGAAAAGUAGGCACUCUGUAUCACCAUCUCCCAAAAUGUGGUAUGACCCUCCCAACACUGGGAAGGUAAAUCAACUGCAAAUACUUGACAUUUCACUCUCAGAGCAGAGCAACAUUUAUUUAUAAAAAUGUUAGUGACUUUAUUCAUGCCAAUGCUCUCAUCAAGAGCUCCAAGUUACAAUCAGAUAAUGGUCUAAAACAUAUACUCUUUUAAUUGUUUUAGAAUUUUGGUUGGAAAAAUGGUAACUUUGUGGUGGGGGAAGAGGCUUCUACAUUAAAGCACAGUUUGAAUAUUAGCAUUACUAGUAGUUAAUACUAGUCUUUUACUUCCAUUAAGCAGCUCAAACCACUGUAACGGCAGGUAGCAGCAUCGAUUAAUUUUGUAAGUCACUCAGAGGAGCAUCAUCAGGCUUUUUCCUUGCCAACACAUCAUCCUCCUAUUAUAUUAAUUGCUGCUUGGAAAGUAACAUGUGUUACAUGGUACAGGAUACUGAUUAUGUUCCCACUUCUGAUAUAACUUUGUGUCAUUUUCCCUGCUUCAUAUUAAGUUAUGUUACAGCAAGUAAUAACAUAAUAUUCUCAUGGGUUCCAUAAAUAUUUGAACUUUUAAUGGUAUAUUGACAAAUGUGAUUAUAUCUCAAGCAACUGCUCUGUCAUCUGAUGUAGCCCUUUUUUUCUUUAUUUGUAGUUUAACAGUGCUGUCUGUAAGAAAGACUAUAUAGUGUCAGGAUGCAGCCCACAUUUUAGCAUUAAUCUUACUAAUGUUUUGGGGAUUAUUUUAGUUGGAAGGGUUCAGCACAGCUUGUUGAAAUAUCCAACAGAUUACAUACAGACCCAAACAACAUGAACCUUGCUGAAUUACGGAACACAUUGACACAGUUUCCCCACUCCUUGUUGACUGCCUGAUUGUGGUGGUCUUACUGCAUGCCUCUGAUUUACAGUCCCAUUGAAAUGUUGACAGCUCAGUAGGCUUUAUCAUAAAAAAGAAAAAAUAAAACUUUUAAUGGGGCUCUGGAUCUUUGCCAUGAGAGAAAGGUAUUGUUGUACAUAGUUUUCAUUGUCACAGCAGUAGAUAGCAUUGUGUAAUCAUCUGUAGUUUAGACAUAACAUACCAUACUACUCAGUGAGCAACUGUUCAAGAAAAAGUUUCCAGUAUGUCCUGUAUAUUCUGGUAUUAGCAUUAACUGCAUGAGUAAAAGUCAAGAAAUGACUUACAGAAGGCAGCUAGCAUCAUUUGCGAGCAUUGCAAUUUGAAUGUUCUGUGUGUCUAGAGGAUUUUAUAACUGAUGCUUACUGCCAAGUGGUGGGUAAAUGGGCCAGAAAUCUGGUCAACUAAAAUGCAAAAUCUUGUUCCUUAGAAAUUACAAGGAGACUACCUAUGGAUGUUUCCUGAGAAGUUAAUACUGAAUGGAUAUGAAUUGUAGUGACAAAAUGUUGACUAAUUGAACAAUAAUAAACUGGUGCUUAAUAAUA